GCCCCGCUUCACCCGAGCUCCCGCUUGCCAGUAAACACCGGGGUCGAUGUUCCUAACCUCCGCGGCGACCCUCUGACCAACCCCAGGCUUGAAGAUGCAGUGGACGCCAGAGCAUGCCCAGCCUCUGAGCCAGUGGCCGGAACAGCACUUUGACAUUUCCUCCACUACUCGUUCACCAGCCCACAAAGCAGACGUGUUCAGAGGCCAUCUGCAACGUACCUAUCAAUAUGCCUGGGCCAACGAUGAUAUCUCUGCACUGACUGCCUCAAACCUACUGAAAAAAUAUGCAGAGAAAUAUUCCGGAAUUUUAGAAGGCCCCACUGAGCGAUCGAUCUUAAGUAGCUACUCAGAGGGGCCACCAGGACUGGUUAAUGGGCGGAAAAAUGAAGGUGAGCCUUGGCAAUCCUCACUGAACUCUGAAGGUGUGUAUCCUAUGAGCUGUGUUCCAGACGUCAUAACUGCAAGUAAAUCAGGAGUGACCACUACCCUUCCACCGACAGAUGCUUCUGGAAAUAUUGGAACCUCUCCUGGAGUAGCCAGUAAUCUGCCAGAACCAAGUUAUUCCACCAGUACCUGUGGCAGUCUCCAUUCUGGGCUCCCACCAGUUGGUGCUUCUCAGGAAUAUGCCACAGCUUACAAUGGCUCUUACCUGCAUUCAAGUUACAGUAGUCAAUCAGCUCCAGCACUUCCAUCACCUCAUCCAUCACCUUUGCACAGCUCUGGCCUUCUUCAGCCUCCGCCGCCGCCUCCUCCUCCACCACCCCCUCCACCUCCUUCCUUAGUUCCAGGCUAUAGUACAGGUUCAUCCAAUAUUUCUGGCACUGUGUAUAAUUAUCCCUCCGCUGGCUACCCCCCACAGACUCCUGUUGGCCCUGGCUACAGUCCUGGUGCAGCCCCACCUCCCUCUGCUUAUCUGCCAUCAGGCAUUGCUGCUCCAACUCCUCUCCCUCCAACCACUGUACCAGGCUACAGUUACCAGAGUCAUGGCUUGCCACCAAUUGCUCCAUCACCACUUAGUACCAGUUCGGCCAAUUCUCUGAAAAGAAAAGCUUUCUACAUGGCUGGGCAGGGGGAAAUGGAGCCUAGCUAUGGAAAUUACAGUUAUGGACAACAACGGACUGCGCAGAGCCCUAUGUACAGAAUGCCAGAUAAUAGCAUUUCAAACUCAAACAGAGGAAAUGGCUUUGACAGGAGUGCUGAGUCGGCACCUCUAGCAUUUAAACCAACAAAACAGCUGAUAGUCACCGAUCAGCAAAGAAAAUUCAGCAGCCAGUCAAACAGGGCCCUCACACCCCCUUCGUACAGUGCUGGUAAAAAUUCCUUGGGACCAUCAAGAUCCACCGAAUCUUUCAGCAAAUUCACCUCGCCGGUGAUGAAUGAACGUAGUGAUGAGCACAGGCAACUCCUCCCACAUCCAAUCCAGGGCCCAGGCAUUCGCGCAGCUACCUCAUCAAACCGGCCAGCUGAUGAACUGUUGAAGAACACUGAUUCACACCUCAUAGAACUUGUAACCAAUGAAAUUAUAAACCAAGGGCCUCCAAUAGACUGGAGUGACAUAGCAGGCCUUGAAAUGGCUAAGGCAUCUAUAAAGGAGGAGGUUUUAUGGCCCAUACUGAGGCCAGAUGUUUUCACCGGACUCAGUGCUCUACCAAGAAGCAUCCUUUUUUUCGGUCCUCAAGGAACUGGCAAAAUGUUAUUGGGCAGGUGCAUAGCUAGUCAGCUAGGUGCCACCUUCUUCCGAAUCAAUGGCUCAGCACUUAUUUCAAAGUGGCUGGGGGAGGGGGACAAGAUCAUUCAGGCCUCUUUCCUUGUGGCACGCUGUCGUCAGCCCGCUGUCAUUUUCAUCAGCGAAGUUGAUUUGCUUCUUUCAUCACAAGUGAAUGAAGAACCCAGUCCCAUCAGUCGUAUUAAAACAGAGCUCCUCAUGCAGCUGGACACUUCAGUGACCUCUGUGGAGGAUCAGGUUGUGGUAAUUUGCUCCACCAGUAAACCAGAGGAAAUAGAUGAAGCUGGUCGCAGAUACUUUAUGAGACGACUUUUAAUCCCAUUGCCUGACAGUUCAGCAAGGCACCAGAUGGUAAUACACUUGCUCUCACAGCACAACUACUGCCUCAGUGACAAGGAGAUUGCACUGAUCGUGCAGCGUACUGAGAGCUUCUCUGGCUUGGAUGUGGUUCGACUGUGUCAGGAAGCUAUGGUAGGCCCUCUUCAUGCAAUGCAGGGCACAGACCUUUCAGCCAUCAUGCCUAAUCAGUUAAGGCCAAUCACGUACCAGGACUUUGAUAAUGCUUUUUGCAAGAUCCAGCCAAGCAUUUCCCAGAAAGAGCUGGAUGUGUAUGUUGAGUGGAACAAAAUGUUUGGCGGCAGCCAAUGA